AUGCACCGACGCAACAGCACGAAAGGGCUCGAUAGGCGCAAAUCAACAUCAUCAGUCCAGAGCAAGCAUGAAUCCAUCGAUCCUGGCCUCGCUCGUCACCAGGCACAUGCAGCAGCAACGUUAGCAUUCGCACGAGCUCAAGAGAGGAAGAGCGCUGAUACGGGCCACAGCGGCGGCGGUCUUUCCAGGAGCAAUACUGGUAAAGUCGAACAAGCGGACCGGUCAGCGCCAGCUCAGCAAACGAACGCAGUGGAUCAUGGCGAUCGACCACACAUCAGACGACAACACAGUGUUCGCUUCGUUGGUCCGACAGGCAUUCACAGGAGUCAAUCACUUGGGACGAGAGCUACACAGAACCCUAUUCAGAAGAAACUGAGCAACGCUACCCUCCGACCAAUGGCCAUCACAACAAAUGCUCCAGUCCCUGCCGCAUAUCGUCCUCCAAGUCGCUCGUCAUCCAUUGGUAAAGCUUCGGUGCGUGGGGGAACAGUAGAUCAAUAUGUCUCUGGGGAUGCGUUCGAUGAAUACUACACUCGCGAGGAUGACGUCGCUUCCACUCCAUCGUCUUAUCGACGCAUACGACGCUCAAAGUCAAUGUUCAGCCCUCUCAGAGCCCCAAAUGUCUUCUACACCAAUGGCACGCCGGAUAGGCCAGAGAGUUCCUACGUUGGCAGCCGGACCGCGGCUUCAUACUCGCAAACUCCAUCGACACAGCCGAGAAAUACUGCUCUCCGAGCCCCCAAGUCAAUGAGUUUUCUUCGGAGUCGCCGAGAUCAAACGCAAUCGGACAGAAACGAUACCGCAGUUCAACUUGCCCGCGAUCGCUUUUUUCGUGAUGCAGAGCAGCAGAGGCUCCGAGAACAGCCUUCGUUUCUCUUCCGAUCAAAAGCACAGAAGCAAGAAAAGCCUUUUCGUAAGUCCGUGCGUACAAGCAGCACAAACAGCUAUGGCUUCCCUAUCGCUUCAAGCAACCAAACCCUCAUAGCAAAGGAGCAUGGAUUGAAGGAUGUUGCUCGUAAAGCUUCGAAGACCAUCAGAAACAAACUGAAGCGUGUAUUUGGUCGAAGCAGCAAGGAUGAAGAGCCUAUCACCAUUCCAAAUCAGCAGGUCGAUGCUCGCGAAACGCAUGUUCGUCAGUACAAUGGUGGUUGCAAAGCAACCGAAGAGACGAUCUCCGAUAUUCCUCGUCCAGAUGAAGCCUCUCUGUCCCGCGUUGCUUCUAGAGUCCCGAUAAUUCACACUGCAAGUUCCAAUCAGCAAUUGAGAUCCAAUGCUGGAAGUAUCAAAAGCUUUGAGAGCGAUGACAAAUCGCGGGUCACAAGCUGGACAAGUGUUGGUGCCAACACCGUCGUUGGGCCGUCCACGAAGGCUCAACUCGAGAGAGAGCAGCACCAAAGACUCUCGAUCAUUAAUGAAGUCGGCUCUCAUGUGCCUUCUUCCUCCUUCAGGCGCUCCAGAUUAGCCAAUCAAUUUUCCGCCUAUCCAGUUGUCCAUCGACCAAGUAAGAGUGCAGGACACAUUCCAGCUCCUACUGUCGAUAGCGCCAGAGUAUAUUCAGCACUGAUGAAGCGUCUCGAUGAAAAUAGCCCAAAAGCAAAGCUUGAAGCCAGUCACAAGCCCAGCAUGGAAAGCUUCGCCAUGCCAAGCCAGUGUAUCGACCAUUCACCGGCAACAAUUCGCCAGGUCGCUCCAAGCUCUCGAAAUACUAGCGGCAGCGACAGUAAUGUUCCGUCUGGCCAGCAACAACAGCUUGAUAGCUUUCGCUACGCCGGCCCUUAUACACAGCAAUGGGUUGUGGCUGAACCUUCUCGGGAUACACAGCGUCAUGCAGACGAUGUCUUCUCCCCAAAGUCUAGCUCCAGUAAUAAGGAGAAUGUACCCAUGGGACAGAGAGGUCUUAAUGGCAAGCAUUCAUCACCGGCUGGUCUAUCCCGUCAAGGUAGCUCAGGAGCAGCAUCCUACCGUACGGUUCCAGAAGUCCCUAGUCUCACACCACAAGAAAUUGCGAAACGCAAUGAGCCGAUUAUUCAACCACCCAAGAUCAUUCGUGAGGCUAGGUCCACAUUCUUCGGUGGUGGCAGUAGCUAUACUAUCUCGAGGACUGCGAGUCCAUUUCGACGAGCCAUGACUGAGAGUGACUACAAUCCGGUGGUAUUGUCUUCAAACGUUCCUCUUCCAAGUCAAGCCGCGCCAAUCAAGAACCCAUUAUAUCAGGCAUCGGAGAGCUCCACUUCAAGAGAGACGGUUCACAAUCUGCAAAUGCCAGAAAAAGCGUACUCAGAGAGUAUUUAUUCACGAACUACCAGUGGGCAAACUCCUGUCGCAGCCAAUAGCUCGAUCUCGCUUGUUCUCGACCGUGACGUUCCAGACAUGCCUUUCUACAGCUCAUCUGGUCCUGGUGACGUUGUAAUAAUCGACCGAACUACCUAUAGACCAACAAUGCCCAGUGGAAGCGGGCAUCGUGUGACGAGCUCAGCAAGCUCUGUAGAGUGGAAGAAAUGGAUGUCCUCGGAAGUCGCAAAGCUUGAACGAGUCAAGGAGAAUACCAACACCUCAUACAUCAACUAUGCCCUACCGACCAUGCCAAAAUCGUUCCACAGUCGACAUGUUCGAGAAGCUGCUCAAAUCAAUGAUGACGAGGUGGAUAUCACUCGAUUCGCUGAGGUCACUGUCAAGCAACCACUCGGAGUUGUUCAGCAACAGAAUCCAAACAUCCAAACUGUCCCUGCCUUGAGGCCAAUCCUCAAGAACAGAUCUACAACUUCACUUGUUGAAAAUACUGAACUGAGCAACACGAAUACUGCCGCUAUUCCUAUCCCACCUCCACCACCUCCGCCAAUUCCGCCUCGGUCUCCUCUUCGCCAAAUGCAGUCCAAGUCGUCACUUCGUUCUGUUGGUACAACCAAUACCAUUCGCACAAUUAGUGCUCCUAACUCAGCAAUCAAGACGUCUAGUAUGAACGGCAGGAAUCUUCUGCAUAAGCGCAACCCAUCCCAAACAACUCUUGGCAGCACGAAAACCAGCAUCAAAAGCGUUGAGACCCCUGCCAAACUUAUCAAGCGGCAUGGCCGUCCUUCCACUGGCAAUUCAGCCAGUCCUGGCAGUGGAUUAAGCAGAGCCGUCGAGAGACAGUUCGGAAGCACAUCUACAAAUUCACGUUAUCGAACUCCUGGCUCAGCUGGUCCAGGCACUGCCGGCACUGAGAGAUUCAAGGAUGCUGAAGAGGAUUUAUAUGGUGUCGAUGGCGCGGGACUGCUUGGUCUGAGGGCAAGUGUGACCGAGACCGAGGCACAGGCCAUGGGAAGUAAGCAAAUGGUUGACUUGUUUUUGUCCAGUAGGAGGAAGAGAAUGGUUAGUGAGAGUGAGCAGAGUGGGGUGUUUAUUUGA